AUGUUAAACUCAACAAUAAUUCAUCGAAAUGAUGAUAUUUAUUAUAAUGUUGAUAGUUUUCCAUUAUCAUAUGAAGAAGAUGAUUUUGAUUCAUCAUCAAUAUCAUUAAAUCGUUCAUAUUAUGAUGAUAUUCUAUUGAAUUUAAAUCAUACAUUAAAUAAAACAAAUUUAUCAUCAAUAUUAUCUUUAUCAAGUCCAAUAACAUAUAUUAUUUUUAUUAUAAUUUCUUAUUUAAUAUUAACAAUUAUUUUACUUACAUUUAGUUUAUAUAAACAACGUCGACAUGAAAUGGAAAAUUUUUAUUUUGGAGAUACAGAUGAAGAUAUUGCACAAGAAAAACGUUAUUUAGCAUGGAAACAAUUAUUAAUUAGAAAAAUAAAAAAAGGUGAUAUGGAACCUUUAUUAUCUGAUGAAAAUGAUCAACAAAUAAGUACAGUAACAUUUCCAUUGCAUAUUGUGUAA